CGCUGUGUGGUGCUGCGGUUUUUGAAGUCCCCCCCCAACCAGAAUAAGACUUCUGAGGAAAUACUGCACCAUCUGCAAAACAUUGUAGACUUCGGAAAACAUGUGAUGAAGCAGUUCUUUGGGGAGAACUACGUUCACCAUGGGGAAAUUAUUCAACUGCCUUUAGAUUUUGUAAGACAGCUCUGUUUGAAAAUCCAGCCAGAGAGGCCAGAGUCGCGCUGUGACAAAGACAUGGACACCCUCAGUGGUUAUGCAAUGUGCCUUCCCAACCUCACCAGGCUGCAGAGCUACCGCUUGGCGGAGCACAGGCCCAUCCUCUGCAUAGAGAUUAAGCCCAAGUGUGGCUUCAUCCCUUUUUCCAGCCAUGUUUCACAGGAGAUAAAGCACAAGGUGUGUCGUUACUGUAUGCAUCAGCAUCUAAAGGUAGCAAACGGAAAAUGGAAGCGACCAAGUAAAUAUUGCCCAUUGGAUCUCUUCUCAGGAAAUAAACAGAGAAUGCACUUUGCUUUGAAGAGCUUAUUACAGGAGGCACAGAACAACUUGAAAAUAUUUAAGAAUGGGGAACUAAUUUAUGGGUGUAAGGAUGACCAGGACUGUGUCUCUGACUGGAAUGAACUUGCUCGUCAGUUAAAACCUUUCUUUUUCCCUUCCAACGGGCUGGUCAGUGGCCCCCACUGCACAAGGACAAUUGUCAAAGAACUGAUCCACGUCAUAACCAUGACACUACUAAGUAGUACUGAUGCCUGCAGGGCAGGUGACAUGAAGACAGUUCCCAUUUCACAAGGAAGAAGCUACUGUGAAGCAAGUGCUUUUAAUAAGGAGCUAGUAAGAAAUGGUAAACAUAAAUUGGAAAGCUCUGGCUUACCGAGGGGUUGUCUCCUUUAUAAAACUCUUCAGGCUCAGAUGCUUGACAUGCUGGAUAUUGAAGGACUCUAUCCUUUGUACAGUAGAGUUGAACAGUAUUUGGAGGAAUUUCCUGAAGAGAGAAGUACAUUGCAGAUAGAUGGCCCCUACAAUGAAGCGUUUUACGAGAAGCUGCUAGACCUGUCGAAGGAGGACGAUGGGACGGUGGCGUUUGCCCUGACAAAGGUGCAGCAGUACAGAAUAGCAAUGACUGCUAAGGACUGCUCCAUCAUGAUUGCCCUUUCUCCCUGCCUGCAAGAUGAAUGCUCUGAGCAAAGACCUGUGGUACUGACAUCCAAAUCAAGAUUCACCUUUUCCGUGUCUGUGCUGGACCUGGACCUGAAGCCCUAUGAAAGCAUUCCUCACCAGUACAAACUGGAUGGAGAGAUAGUCAACUAUUACCUGAAGAAUGUACAGGCCAAAGAUGACCCAGUCAUGUCCAACCUCUUCAAGGAGAAUGAAGACUGCACAUUAGUUCUCCAUAAAGUGUAACUUUAUGUAACUUAAGGUUAUUUUUAUUCCAACACAUUAGAAAGUGAAAGAUUAAUUGAAUACAGUUAUGGUGAUUUAUUUUUUUCUUUUCUAUUGUGUUCAGUGCAUUUUUCAGCUGUGAAUGUUUUUGCUUUAGGAGAUGAUUUCCAACAGGCAAUGCCUUCUCAGAGCCAUGGAUAGUGCUGAACCACAUGUGCUAGGUAACCUUAAUGAAUGUAUUUAACGAGACAGAGCAGGUAACGUGUGCCAUACCUUGGGACUAGAGACAGAUCAAAUUAAUACAAGAAGUCUACUUCCUUAGAUUGAAAGAGCACAGAAUUAAAGGUUUCCUCAAGUAUUGCACUAACAUAGCCUAAUAACUAACAAGA